ACCAAUCCCUGGAAUUAUCUGUCUCUGCUAUUCUUUGUAUUUAUAAGAAGGAGCUUCCUUUGUCUGUCAAUCGAUCACUUGCACCAUCAGUUCAUUUCCAAGUUCCAAGGUGCAAAAGCAAAGCUAUGGAGACAGAGGAGAGAAGAUUGGUGGUGAUGGGUCGGGCAGAGAUUGACACUCGAGCCCCAUUUGGGUCAGUUAAAGAAGCAGUCAGUUUGUUUGGGGAGAGAGUGUUAGCUGGGGAAAUCUAUGCUAACAAGCUCAAACAGAUGCGAGGUGGAGCAAGUGAAAGUGGGCAGUCUCAAUCCAGAAUGGGAGCUUUGACAGCAGAGCUUGAAGAAACAAAGUUAAGUCUCAAAAAAUCAAGAGCAGAAGCCGAAUUGAUGACAAACUGUGUAAAAUCUCUUAAAGAAGAACUAGAACAGACAAAGAAGGAGCUACAAUGGCUAAAGACAAAAGAAAUGUUUAAGAAGCAACCAGUUAUUAUUGAUGAUCCUGGAAUUGAAGACCUCAAGUUCAUUGAAAAUGCAACAAAAGUAGAUACGAACAGCCACAUGGAUGACAUUGAUAAUGAUGGUGAUGAUGAUGAAGAAGAAGCUGCUGAGUUUGGAAAGAAAAGAUAUGUGAAAUUUGCUAGCCCUCCUUCAUUGGCAAAGGUUAUUGUUACCAAAGAGGAAUUGCUUGGGAGACCUCCUUCAGAUAAAAAGGCCAUUAAAAAAAAGGCACUUGCACCUAUUUUAGGGUGGUUGUUUUCAAAGAAGAAGAUGGUGAAUCUCCAAGAAUAAGUUGAGACACUUGCUAUACUUUUAUUAUUAAUAGGUAUAAUGGUAAAAAGAUUCAAAUCUAGCUACUUUUGAAAAUUUUGAUUGAUUUUUUUAAUUUUGGUAAAAAUGGUCCGGAUUGUAAAAUAUUUUAUAAU